AUGUUGGUCAACGUGCGCCACGUGUUGGCCGCGGCCGUAUUAAUCCCCGCCAUCAUUUUAUCCGCCGAUGCCCCCUACUACCUACAAGAUACGCCUACCAAGGAUGUUUUACUUCGGGCGUAUGCGGUGGCAACGGUUGGGAUGAUGAGGCACUGCGUGAAGGUGCUAGAGUACAUUGAGAGACGCAGUCACAUUAGGUUCGAUUCCGAUGAGGCUAAUGAUGCCAAAUUAAUGUUCGACAAAGCCACGGAUGCGGCACAUCAGGUGGCUUACCUAUUUGGUGUAAGCAAGGAUGACCUGGAUACCAGUAAGAAUAAAGUAUCAGACAUGGAGGUGGUCCUCAAGGAAAAGAAGGUGCCACAAGACUUAGACUUCGCGGAUAUCUUCAAGCGAGUGCAAUUUGUUCUAGAGAGGUGUACUAUGUUCGGCCAGUUUGUAGCUAAGGUUAUGCGAGAGAAGUCUAAAAGCAAACAUUUCGAAAUCGAUUUCGGGGAUAUUGAUGAUAAAAUAACCAUUGAAUUCCCCAAAAUUUGGAUCGGACCGCUGCAUAUGGUAUACAAAAGCAUGAAUAUAAACAGUAGUUCAAUCGAACCGGGGCAGAUUCUUGGAACCAGGUUGCAACUCUGGGGAGCUCGCGAAUUUGGCACAACUGCGGCCUCAGUCGAUAGGUUGGACGAACAUAUUACCUGGUACUAUCCACAACUCUUCAAUAAAUGCGCAAACGACCUCAUUGUAUCAAUGUGGAAUGCAAUAGUGGAAAACUCAGAUGAAGAAAACCGCACAAUAAUCGCGGCGCUCAACAAGCUCGCCAAUAUGAAUGAAGCUUUCCGCAUAGAUGCGAAAUAG